UGCUUCGGCUUCGCUAUCAGUCAGUUGCCUCGCGGCCGUCGUGAGGGAAGGUGAGGCGAAUGGUGCCGUUCUGUGCCUUGCUCCCCAGUGCCACGCUUGACUCUGGCCAAACACCACCGCCUUCACGAUUGCUGCCCCGUUCAUUCUCCGCCUUCUACUCGACCUGCCUAUAUUAAGAUCCAUGAACAGUGACAGGGUGCAGUGCCACAACGAGACGCGCAGGACCAACAAAGAACCCAGGAUAUCUUCCCUACAGGACUCCAUCAUAUCCUGUAUCCUCAUAUAGACUUCCCUUCUUAGCCUUUUGAACAGUGUAAAGACCAGUGUGUUUAAUAGGAUAAAGUAUAAUAGUGAAGUAUCUAAAAAUUUAUUGGUGAUUAAAAGGAAAAUGAUCUGGUAGUGAAAGAAUCAAGAGCACGUAGCAUUGGGCGAAUCAAAUCUAAGAUCAAGUUUAAGAUUAAUUAAGGAUUCUGAUUCUAAUAUGGCAUAUCCUAAAUCUAAUCCUUGUGCCUUAAGAAUGAGUCCUGAAGUCGAAACUCUUACGGAUUGAAGUGCAUGUGAACAAUUACUGAAACUUAAUUAGAAAAAAAAAACUAAAACUAAAAACACCAUUCUUGAAUAAUAAAAAGGAAAAAAAUAUUGAAAGGAAAGGACAAUGAGGAAUAGGAGGAAAGAUGAAAUAGGAAAGUGAAUAAACAGUGCAAAUGGUGAAAAAAAAGAAGCAAAUCAGUAUGAACGCAAUUAUUUAAACACAUCUAAAUACGAAAACCAGGAAAAGGAGGAAAGAAACUCAAUUAAAAAAGACUAAUCAUAAAUACUAAGAGACAGACUAAAAACUAGAAAAAAUAAUUGAACUAAGAAUGGACAGAGUGAAGGAAACUGAUGAGAGAAACGAAUAGUGACAAAGCAAGGUGGAAUGAACAGAAGGAAGGAGGAAGAGCAGAUGAUGAUAUGGGAAAGAAUAGAAGACAUGAAAGGAAAACCAUUGACGGUAGAUAGAAGACAUGGAGAAUAUGAGAAAGGUGAAAAGUGAUAACGUAAAUAAGAAGAAACGAGAAGGAAGAGGAGAGAGGAAAAUAUUUGAUAAUGAAAAGAAGAUAAGGAGAAAAAUAGAUGAUUCAUUACGAAACGAUAAAAAAAAGAAUAAGGAAAAUAAGGUAAAAAGAUAAUAAUGAAUACAGGAAAACAAAUAAUUGAGGAUUAGUAAAGAGGAAAAGAAAAAAAAAAUAGGGAAACUUUUAACAAAUAAUAGAUGGAAACGAAAAAAAAAUGAUAAAAGGAGAAAUUGAGACUCGAUGAAGAUGAACAUAGAGAAGAAAGAAAACGAAGGAAAGGAAGAAGGAAAGUUUGAUGAUUGGAGGAAAACGAGAAAAUUGUUGACGGGAAGAACUUAGACUUAGUGAGAUAGGAGGAAAAGAAAGAAGGAAGGAAGGAAAGAAGGGAGGAGUGAUUGAAGCUAAAUAAGAACGAGGAAAAGGAAGAAGAGAAAGGAGAGGAGAGGAGAGGAAGGGACAGUUAAAUAAUAUAUCAUGUAGAGCAAAAUCCAGAACAAUUGAAAGGUAGAUAAAAACGACGAAAAAGGAAGAAGACGAAAGAAAAGGAAAGGAAAAGAAAGGAAAGGAGAGGAGAGAGAAGGAGGGAACAAUUAAUCAAGAUACCAAAUACAACAAAAUCAGAGCAAUUGAAGAAAAAUAAGAACAAGGAAAAGGGAGGAGAGGAAAGGAAAAAAAAAGAAAAGAAAAGAAAAGAAAGAGAGGAGAGAGGAGGAGGGAACAGUUAAUCAAGAUACCAAAUACAACAAAAUCAGAGAAAUUGAAGGAAAAGGAAGGAGAGGAGAGGAGAGGAAAAGAAAAGAAAAGAAAAGAAAAGAAAGAGAGGAGAGAGGAGGAGAGAACAGUUAAUCAAGAUACCAAAUACAACAAAAUCGGAGAAAUUGAAGGAAAAGGAGAGUAGAGGAGAGGAGAGGAGAGGAGCAGGAGCAGGAGCAGGUAAUUACAGUAUCAUGUACAGCAAAGUCCAGGGGCGACCUUGGACUAGUGUGGGUCUGAUGAGGAGAAGGACUCGCCUCACCAACAUUGCCUGUGUCCUUGCCUGCCUCGUCAUCCUCGUCGCCCUUCACCAGCUUCUUCUACUCGCCUACACCUACAAUGACUACAUUCUCGCCCUCCUGCCGAAGCCGCACCUACCGCAGCAGAUCCGUCCGAGCAGAGGUCAUGAGAGGGGCAGGACGACGGUGGGUGGGGAAAGGGACGAGGGGAAUGAGAGAGCACCACGUAUCCUGUGCCUGAUCAUCACGUCCCCGGCUUACCACGUGACCAGGGCGCGGCACGUAGCGGCCACUUGGAGCCCUCACUGCACCAGGGCUGUCUUUCUUACCACCGCAGAGGAUCCGACGCUCCCCGAGGUACUCCUGACGCCCGGCGCUGCCACCUAUGAUCAACUGUGGGAGAAGGUGACGAAAGGGUUCCUAUGGGCGUACAAGGUGAUGGACGAGUUCGAUUGGGUAGUGAAGGCCGAUGAUGAUUCCUUCGUCUUUGUGGAAAACCUGCGGGCGGCGGUGAAGGUGCUGAACCCAGACUCUCUUCUGGCGGCAGGAGUGCACAUCGCUGACUGGGACACGGGCGAGACUUACCUGAACGGGGGCGCCAGUUACGUGUUGAGCCGCGGUGCCGUGAAGGUGCUGGUGGAGAGAGGCAUUCAGGAAGGGAAAUGCCAGAGAGAGCUAGAGCUUGGCACUUCAGAGGAUGUCAACAUGGCCUCGUGUCUUCGUCUGCUAGGUGUGCAUUUCCUUGACACACGUGACUCCGAGGGACGGCAGAGGUUCCAUAUCUAUCCACCGCAGGAACUGGUGGACCCGCGCAGUGAGGCUGAUCUGAGACACCUGUGGCUGAAGAGAGUGUCCGUUCAUCCCUACAAGUUUGGUUACGGGGAGCUGAGUGAUGAGGUGAUCAGCUUCCACUACGUUGACGCGGAGACCAUGUAUCUCAUCUACUACUUGGUGUACCUCGUCAAUCCCCACGCAAACCAACACCACAGGCCCCUCCCCUCAAGCACCUCCCCGUCAAGACCACAUAGGGAGAGGAAAGGGUGGGGUGCGCGGGUAUUGGAGGCUUAAUUUACUGGAGGCACGAGGGCGGCAUCUGCGUGUUUCCAGCAUGAUCUCUACAUGUUCUGAGCCGGUUCCUACUUCCUCGUCGCCUUCCACAACCUUCUGCCACCCCUAGCCUUGCACUACUUCCACCUUCACCGUCACAUCAACCUCCAUAUAACACUCGUGGUUGUGGCGCCUUCGGUCACUCAGUAAGCCACGUCAGGUAUUGCCGUUGUGGCAUCAGGGAGGAGGCAGCAUUUGAGGGCAGACUUUGCUGUGGUGGUGAAAAAGGAGAAAAAUGAAGAUAGUGAUGAUCUUGUGGUGGUGGUGGUGGUGGUGGUAGAGUAGGAAUAGUAAGAGGAGGAAGAAUGAUGGUAAGAAGAAGGGAAAGAUAAAUUGUACCAGAAGAAUGCAGAGAAGGAAGAAGAUUGCAACAAUUAGUAUAGCGAGAAGGGUUGAUUAUUGCAAUUAAAAGAAGGAAAGAUAAAAAAAAUAGCAAGAAAAAUGUACAGGAAGAAGAAAAAAAUGAAGGAAAGCAAGAAAAGCACGAAGGAAAACAUAAGGAGAAGGAAGAAGAAAAGAAAGAAGACUUGUACUGAGAUACGGAGACAAAAGGUGCAGGAAGAAAACGGAGGUGAUAAAAAAAAGAAGAUCGCAAAUAAGAAAAGUGAAGAGCUGUGUAAAAAAAAAAUAGAAGAUAAGGAAAAGGGAGAGAAGAAGGAAGAGGCGAGGAAAAGAAAAGGUGAAAUGCACAAGAACUCAGGAAAAUAAGACAAGAGAAGGCCAACAGGCGACCCACACCAAGGAGUUUCUGAGGGCCAUCACCACUCAUCGAUUCACUCAACCUUAUGAAAGUACUUAAUGUCUGUACACUUCCUACGUUCCUACUAAGUGUGUUCCAUAUAUCGAUAACCGUAUUUCGUGAUUCAACCUUUACCAGUGUGUUUGAAAUUUUAAUUAAGACUGAACUCGUCCAACUUUGAUAAUUCGUGUAUGUUCCAAUACGUUCAUUAAUUAGAAGAACCAGUUUUAUAUUUUUGUUGAGCAUUUUAACCCAUUUAAAAACUCGUAUCGCUUUACUACGCCCACCACGCCUUGUUAUCUCUACAGGUAGAGUUAUUUAUUUAUCUAUUAUUUUUCUAUUUCCUGGAUCAUUCUAGUCAUCCAUAUUAAUUUUUUUUUACCCACACACUGCCUUAUCAAUCUAGAGACAAAGAGAUCAGUGGUAUAGUGCAUAUACUGUCAAUACUGUCUGACCGAAGCUAAGUAUUGUAUCUUAUAGGGUCCUUCUUGCGUCGACACUGGCAGUCUGAUUGCUGAGUCUGUUGCAGUCGCCUGUUACUCUUUAUGAGAACUGAUAUCUGCCUACCUCUGUUUGAAUCCAACUUCACCGAGCUUGAACUGGUUACAGCUAGCUUGAACCAAAUCUACGUAUGCUUUGUUAUCCUAAAGUAUACCUAUUUAUCUAUUACAUUAAUCUGUUAAGUUACGUUUAGUUUGUUUUUAUUCUUUUAGUUGUGUUCAAAGUGUUACUGUUAUUGAUAAUGAAGUUUUUACCAUUAUUCUAAUCCUUUACAUCUAGUUAUUACAUUUCAGUUAUUGAUUAACUUGUUCAGUUAUAUUUUUCCUGUUUCAUUUUUCCUUUUACUUGCAUUGGAUGUGUUGCAGUGAUUGAUUCCGAAGUGUUUUUUACUAUUUUUGUGGUCAUUUACAUUCCUUGAUUCUUUUAUUAAGUUCCGGUCUUGGUCUGGCUGGAUUUUUUUACAGUGUUAGGGAAAUCGACAAAAGCAAGAAAAUAAACUAUAAAAUAAAGAAAUAAAACUUUGUCAUUGUGUUGAAUCGAAUCUCUACUAACAGAAAAGGAGAGUGAGGAAGAAAAGACAGUUUGAAUGUUUUAAACUGCACGAGUGGAGACACUUGAAGGAGAAGCAAGAGAUGAUGGUAGUGCUGUUAACUUAUUUAAUAAAGACUUUUUCAGUAUGUAUUUAUAUGAAUACAUGUAAACUGUAUACACUAUUUGCGCGUCUAUAUUUAUUUAACUUCUGCUUGUGCCUUCACUAUUUUUUUUUUUUUUGAUGCUAUGGAAACGUGUGAAAACAACAACUAUUCUUAAAUUCUCUGAGAAGCGAGAAAUGAUCGUUUUGAAUACAUAAAUAUUUGUGAAACAUGAGAACUUUGAAAAUGUAAACACUUAUGACAGGUGGGAGGCGAGAAUAAGGACAAAAAGAAUCUAAACAUUUGUGAGAGUUGGGAGGCGAGGUCAUCGAAAAUAAAAUACGUCUAAACAUUUGUGAGAGGUGUAGGUGAGAGCUCUGAAGAAAAUACCUGUUAACAUUUGCGAGAGGUGAGAGGAUUGAAAAAGAAAUACCUCUGAACAUUUAUAAGAGAGGUGGGAGGAGAGAGAGCAUUGAAACAAAAUACCUGUAAACAUUUGUGAGAGGUAAGCAGAAAGCACUAAAAAAAAAAAAAAUAAAUAAACAUUUUUGAAAGGUAGAAGGUGAGAACACUG